GUGGGUAGCAACAGUUGCCCCGGUGAGGACGAGGCGCCAUAGACACGGUAGUCCUGGCGACAAGAGCCAAGCAACGGGAAUCAACAACAACAACAACAACAACAAUCUAAACUAUUAAGGAUUUUUUUUAUUUUUAAAAACUCAACAAAAGCAGCAGCAGGGAAUAGAAGUUUCCCAGCGACUCCGGGUUCCGCCGGCGCUUCCCAUGGCGACUCCAGGCUACACCGAGGAGCUCCAGCCCUCCCAGCCUCGAGGGGGCAGCGUGACCGCAUCCAAAAGCGGCCAGCUGAAAACCAGUCCCACCAUCACGCCCGUGUUCCUCUCUGACAUCCAGACCUCGUCCGGCUCCUCCCCUUCCCUUUCGUCAAGAAUAACGCAGACCACGCCUCCUGCGAUCCUCAAGAAGGCCGUUCUGGCCACGCCCACUCAGGUUACGGCGGCGACGACGGAGUACACCGUAUCCGAGAUUCAGAGCUCCGCCUCCAGGUCCAGCAACGGGCAAAACACGCCACAGUACAUAGUGGUGACUGUUUCAGAAGGAUCUAUCCAUUCGAACGAUUCGGUGUCAGACUCCAGUCCUCCUGCCACCGUCCAGACAGGUGUGCCGACACACGUGGUGCAGACCGCACAGCAGAGGUCAGUAGUGCAGACCACAGCCAAGAGCGGCCAGCACGGAGUCGGGAACCUUCACAUUACUCCUGAGAUCUCUCAGAUAGGCCAUGUCUACUCCAGCCAGGUUCAGUUUGUGGACGGAGACUCGAACUACAACACCACACCCAUCCGUUCCAGUACAUACUCCUUCCCUGAGUCCACCCUCUACGGACAGGCCACACCCUCCGGGUCGUACUACGAAGAUCCGCCCACGACGGGGUCGCAGGUUACGACCCCGACGACUUCCGUGUCUACAGGAUUCUCAGGGGGUGGCACUGGGGUUACGGUGGCAUCUGGAGCAUCGUCUUCAGGCGCAAGUGGGGGCGCGGCUGGAGCUGGUGUGGUGGUUGGGGGCGGAGCUGGGAGCGUGGCCGGCCCAGGAGCAGCAGCGGGUUACGUGGUUCCGGGAAGCUACGUGAUGGGAAGCGGAGGACAGAAUUACACGCACAACAUCCGUGCCUCGCCUGCUACUGUGCAAUGGCUGUUGGAUAACUACGAGAAGGCAGAGGGUGUGAGUCUGCCACGCUGCACACUCUACUAUCACUACCUGCUGCAUUGUCAAGAGGCCAAGCUGGAGCCCGUCAACGCCGCCUCCUUCGGUAAACUCAUCCGAUCCAUGUUCAUCGGACUGCGCACCCGCCGACUCGGCACCAGAGGAAACUCGAAGUACCACUACUACGGCCUUCGGAUCAAAAGCAGCUCCCCCCUGCACCGGCUCAUGGAAGACCAGCAGCACCUGGCCAUGAGACAGCAGCCCUUCUCACAUAAAAACAGGAUAAGACCGGUGCAGAAGGUUGAGGGAAUGACCAAUGGGAUGGCCUUAGGGGCGGGGCAGGGAGCGGGCCAGGGGGUGGGGCUGUUUGAUAUCAGCUCCCAGAUCCAGCAAUAUCAACAGUUUUUGGAUGCGUCUCGCUCUCUGCCCGAGUUCCCAGAGGUUGAUCUCCAGGAAAAGACCCUGCCAGAGGGGAUUCUUCCUGAACAUAUUCAAGCAUUUCAGCAGCUCUACCGGGAACACUGUGAGGCAAUAGUGGAUGUGAUGGUGAACCUGCAGUUUCCUCUGGUUGAGACUUUGUGGAAAAGCUUCUGGAGAUUUAGCAAGGGGCAGACCAACGAAGCACUCGACCUUCAUAGCGAAUCUGAGAAGCGACUGCCAAAAGCAUGUCUGAUCGUGUUGUGCCAGUACGAGCCGGUUCUACAGUGGAGUCGCAACUGUGACAACACACUCUACCAGACCCUUGUGGAGAUCCUCAUCCCCGAUGUUCUCACACCUAUACCCAGUGCCUUAACACAAGCCAUCCGUAACUGUGCCAAGAGUUUAGAGAACUGGCUCACCAGUGCCAUGAUGAACAUUCCAGAAGAGAUGGUCCGCAUUAAGGUGGUGUGCACAGGAGCAUUUGCGCAGACUUUGCGCAGAUACACUUCUCUGAACCACUUGGCUCAAGCGGCCAGAGCCGUACUGCAGAACUCGGCUCAGAUCACACAGAUGCUGAACGACCUCAACCGAGUGGACUUUAACAACGUGCAGGAGCAAGCAUCGUGGGUGUGUGCGUGCGAGGAACGCACGGUGCAGAGGAUCGAGCAGGACUUUAAGACGACGCUGCAGCAGCAGAAAUCUCUGGAGCAGUGGGCCGCGUGGCUGGACAACGUCGUCACACACGUCCUCAAGCCCUACACGUCCAGUCCGUCCUUCACUAAAGCCGCCAAACACUUCCUGCUCAAGUGGAGCUUCUACAGCUCGAUGGUGAUCAGGGAUCUGACUCUGCGCAGUGCCGCCAGUUUCGGGUCGUUCCACCUGAUCCGGCUGCUGUAUGAUGAGUACAUGUAUUACCUGGUGGAGCACAGAGUCGCUCAGGCCAAAGGAGAAACGCCCAUCGCUGUAAUGGGAGAAUUUGCCAAUCUAAAUCGGAGCGACAGCUCAGCUGAUGCAGAAAAAGAAGAGGAAGAGGAGGAAGAGGACGAGAGCGACGACGACCAGAUGGCGAUUCCGGUCGACCCGAGCGCGAUGGGAGAGGAGUCUCUGGAACCACCUGCCAAAUUAGCCAGGACGGAUCUGUUCAGCAGCACACACAACUAACACACACACACACACACACACACACACACACACACAUAUAUAUAUACAUACAUACAUGCUUACAGCUCAUACACUUGCAUAGGGGCUGUUUAGAGAUUUUUUUUUUCUUCCAUAUAAAUAUUACACUUAACUGAUUAACUGAUAUAUCAUAUAUCGAGAUUUAGUUUUGUGCUUUAUUCUCUUUCUCUCUCUCUCUCUCUCUCUCUCUCUCUCAGUGCCAUGCGCUCGUUUGCCUUAUUCAUUUUUGCCUUUCGAGAGAACUGUUCUAUCUGCCAUAGUGGAUCAUGUGUAAUGCCUUAAAUUCAUUUGAGUGAUAUGCCUUAUAUACGCCUUCUAUACACCCCGGCCGCGUGACCGUAUUUUACACACACACACACACACACACACACACACACACACACACACAGGCAUUUAUUUAUUUCAUGGAAAUCAUAUAGUUUAUGAUUUUAUUACAGUUUUAUCACCGAUACAAUCCAACUAUAUUACACGAAGAAAAAACUAUUCAUGAUUCAAUAGCAAGAAAAAAAAAACGUAUAAAUGUUAUUAUUUAGCCGCAAAUCACAUCUCUGGUUGCUAUACGUUGUCAUUUCCAUAGCGACAGCUUUUUCCACAGGGCUUCGUGCAAUCUAAGGCUCGGAAGAAACGCGUUCCAACACCGUCUUCGCACUUUUCUCGGUAACGUGACAAGAAAAAAAAACCAAGAAGAGGAAGCGAAAGCUGCUCUAAAGCAACGAAACGUUUUUACAAAGAAGUAGCUAGAAACGUAAAAACGAGUCCGGUGUGUUGUUUGUUAAUAUAUUAAAAAUAUAUUAUAUAUAAAUACAAACAGUGCGUCUUUGAGUCAGUUCACAGUAUGGAUUAAUUUGCUACGAUGGCAUGCUUUUAUGUUUUAUUCCUUACAUUAGUGUGCGAAAAGUCCUAAUAGCCAUUUGUUUUUUUUCCUCAGCAUCGUUCCCUCGUGAUCACUGCUCGGUUUCUCUGUGUUUUUGGCGUAAGAGCCUGCUCUAGAGGCAGCAUCGUGGACAAGAACUAUAACUAUUUGUGGAUGUGUGUCGGUGCGGGAACGUGGAGAAAAUGCAGUCUUUUAUUAACUUUUGUUAGUUCGAGAUCACAAGAACAUUAUAAGAACGAGAAAUCAAGACAGAAAAAACUGUCUUGAAUUCACGGCCUCUUCGGAUUUCUGUCAUUUUGAGCUUCUAAUCUUAAAUCGUAAAUUACGUAUGAUAUUAUGACUGGCUGUGUGUGUGUGUGUGUGUGUGUGUGUGUGUGUGUGUAUACAUAUAUACACACAUACACACAUACACACUUCAAAAGUAUUGGGACCCCUGACUUUCCCAGCAAUAUGUGCUUCUUUUCGAAACUGUUCCCACAAACAUGGAGAUACAUAAUUGUGGAGGAAGUCUUUGGAUGCAGCAUUAAAUUCUACCUUCACUUGACUUUGGAGACCCAAACCUGUUCCAGCAUGACAGUGCCCCUGUUCACAACGCCAACUCCAUGAAGAUCUGUUCCAACAUUAAACACUUUCUAGAUGAAUUUUUCACACUGACUGCACCCCAGGAACCUCCUCACCUCACCUACAUCAGUUCCUGACUUUACUAACAUCCAUGUAGCUCAAUGAAUCUUCAAAAUCUUCUUCCCAGAAGAGUGGCGCUUAUUAAAUGGAGACUUAAUGUGGAAUUUAACGUCCACAAAGAAGCACAUCCUACGUUCAGGUGUCCACAAACUUUUAUCUAUGUAGUGUUUAUAGACAGAGAAUGUCGGCUUCUGUUUUAAACGAUGUGUCGAGAGUUUUGGAGGCAUCAAAAUAAUGGGAAAAUGUAUUUUAUUUAUCUAUAUAUCUAUAUAUUUUGUCCUAAUGAUCUUUUUGACUUGCACAGUCAUCGUCUUGUUUCUUAUCGCUUUUCUCUCAAGAAUUUCUUUCCCAUUAAACCUACGGGUUUGUCCUCGUUUUCCGCUAAUCUGUGCUAGGAUUCCGAUUCGCUCAUGCUAGCUUUAGCACGUUACUAGCGGUAGCUAGUGCGACGUUUGUGCCGAUCAGGAGGAUUGCAGCGUGUAGAGUUGUGAAAGUCGUGUACAAUCGUGGUACAAUCGUCUCUCGAAUCCUGAUUGUUUCAUGUGGACGCUGAUAAGUUAGUGAUAUUUUGCUAAAUAACUAAUACGGCAGAUGGAUUGCCCAUGAUGCAUUGGGGAUUUCGUUUAGCUCGAUGCCCUUUUUGAGUUGCAGUGUUAUUUUUUGAACUGUUUUUCGUUUUCUUUUUGUUUUUUUGCAUGCUUCUUUGCCAGAAGAGAGAUUUGAGCUCAGUGUAAUAAUUGUACUGCUUGUGCCUUUGAAGAAAAACCUCUGACUGCAGAGAACUUUAAAUAUGAGUAUAAAUAAAUUGAGUUAUAUGGCUUACUAUGCUAUCUGUUGUGCUUUUGGAAACAAACAAGAAAAAAAAAAACAUAGCUAUGCAGUAAAAUGACCAUGGCUCACCCACCAUUCAUGCCCUCAGGCCAUUAAGUCAUUCAGUUCGCUUGGAUCACCUCACCAUGUGCAUCUUCUCCGUCCAUCAGCCAUUCAGAAACUACAGGAGACGUUUCAGCAGCAGGCAUGUGCCGAUAUCAGCACUUUCCUGGUCUUUUGUCUCGGCUUAUUGCAUCUGCUCAUAACGCUCAAGUCCGACAUUGAUGUUGAUUGUGAUGUUCAACUUGUGAAUCGAAGUUUGCAUCCAAUCGUGUGGGUGAAAUGUGUAAAUGUUGUAGAGUUUUUAGGAUGUGUGGAUGUUUAAACAUUGGGAAGGUGUGGCCAAGGUGGAUCGUUCCAAAGAGCUGAGGGAGCAGUGUUAAGUCAAUAGCUGUAAAAAGGUUGUGGUGAUUGUGGACAGGGGUGGGAACAUGUGGACACCUUCAGGGAGCUGAGGGGGCAGACGGCAGGUUCCAGAGAACUAAGAGGAUGAGAUCAAGUGGAUGGCUAAAGUGUACCGAGGGAGCAGGUUUGGGCGAAUGCUUUCUACGAACCAAGGAAACUGGGUUUAGGUGAAUGGUUCCUGAGAACCUUGGGGCUAGGACCAGGUGAAUGGAUAUGGAGAACAAUGGGAACAGGGUCAGGUGGAGGGCUAUGGAGAACCGAGGGAACAAGGUCUAAGUGGAUGGUUCCUAAAAACCAAGGGCACAGGGUCAGGUGGAUGGGUAUGGGGAACUGGUGGAACAGGGUCUAGGUGGAUGGUUCCAGUAAACUUAAGAGAAUAGGAUCAAGUGGAAGGGUCCAAAUGAGAACUUAGAAGUUGUGAUCAGGUGGAUGACUACGGAGAAUGUUUGGGCCAUGGUUAGGUGAAUGGUCCUUGGGGGUAGGGUCGGUUGGUUGACGCGGGAGAACCUUGUGGCCAGGGUUUGGAGGAUGGCUCUGGAGAACCUUGGGCCAGCCUUAGGUGGAUGGCCCUGGAGAACCUUGGAGCAUUAGCUGGACAGAUCUGGAGCUGGAACUCUAGAUUUUAGAAACUUUAGCUAGAAUUUUUUGAAUGUCUAGGGUACAUAUUAGAAAUGUAUUCUCAUGACCAUGGGUUUUACGACGUAUGAUUACUUUCAGUAUAAAUAUCUGUCCAGAAUAUCAGUUUCUUGUAGAACAAACAGAAUCAAACUUGUUGAACUUCUGAUAUUUUGAUAUCAACAUCGUGCGUGUUCAUACUAUCGUAUACCUGAUUAUCAACAUAAGCCAAAGUCAUUUCUGCCACGUAACUCGUCAGACACCAAACACAGCGACUACAUUGUUCUCUCAUACACACACACAGACACUGAAUUUUUGUCUAGACGGUUUCUCUCGUGGUGCGAACCUGUUCCUAAUGGCAGCUGUCAUAGUCAUUUUUAGCAGCUAAUCUCUUGUGGCUUUAUCGUGGGAUUGGUCGGUGGUUUUCAAGUGACGUGGCCAAUCGGAGCGCUCGAUUCCUUAAGCGGGUGUUGCGAAAACACGUUGCGAAUGUAUCGUGCUAGACAUUUUGAAAUCGUAAGUAAUUAUAUUUGUUUCUAAUAAGAGAUUUCCGAGUGAUUUUCUUUUUUCUUUUUCUUUUUCAAAAAAGUACUUCUAUUUCUACAUGACUUUGUGAAGAUGAUGUUCUAUACGAGUUCAACUGUCCGACUUUGGUAACAAUUAGAAGAUUAUAAUUUUAUAAUUUAAUUAUUCUACUAUUAUAGAGCUUUAUUUGGAGUGUGAUGUAAGUUUUACACGUGGGAGAUGUUGCUAUGUAGCUAUUGGUGUGUGACAGAGAGAAAAUAAAAACCUGGAGUAAAAAGA